CCCCGUGAGAUGUCAGACGUUCAGGGAGCAACGCUGACUGACUGCUGUAGUACUCCAGUGAAGUGGGAAAAGUUGGUGAAGAUGCAUUGAAACCGAGAACUGUCACGUACCCGUACUCCGGUUCUCCGCAGCGGUACACAGCUGUGCCGUUUUAACAAGUAUGAGGAGAAGCACACCGGCGGAACGGGAGGAGGUGCAGCAGAACUGCGUUCGAUGGAGAAAGAAGUUCUCUUUUGUGUGUAAAAUGAGCGCUAAUCCAAUCAGUGGAGUGUUGGACCCCUGUAUCUGCAGGGUCUCUGUACGCAAGGAGCUCAAAGGAGGAAAGGCCUUCUCAAAGCUAGGUUUUGCUGAUCUCAAUAUUGCAGAGUUUGCUGGAUCAGGCUCCACAGUUCACUGCUGCAUUCUGGAGGGCUAUGACACCAAAAACACUCGACAGGACAACUCUAUCCUCAAGGUAACAAUUGGGAUGGCUCUUCUGUCUGGGGAUCCCUGUUUUAAAACGCCUCCCAGCACGGCGAAAUCUGUCUCCACUGGGGACGAGGACCCCACCCUGCAGCUGGACUGUAAGGGAGAGAGCACUGAUGCGGCAGUGCAGCCACUUGGGGGCAUCGUGGAGGGACCUCGCGCCUUCAAACCCCGACAGUUAUCAGUACGUAGCUCAGGGCUGCCUGAGGAGGGAGAGAGUGUGUCCAGCCCAGACGAAGUCUUUCACACUGGUCAUUUCCGCAGCUCCAGCUAUGCCAGCCAGCACAGCAAGAUAUCAGGCUACAGCACAGGUCACUCUCGCUGCUCCAGCCUGACUGACCUCUGUCACCAUAGGAACACCUCCUCCAGCAGCAGCACCUCCUGCGGGUUUGCCCACCCUGCCCAGCCACUGCCCUCCACCCCCCCUGAGCCUCACAGACAAACAACUGCUACCAAACCAGAGAGGCCCCCUCCACCCUCUGCAGCAGCCCUUUUGUCCAACAGAUCCUCCAGGAGGAAAAAGGACACUGUGGAGAGGCAACCUAGCUGUGUGGACGACACGCGCAUCGAUGCAGAUGACAUUGUGGAGAAGAUUGUCCAGAGCCAGAACUUUUCUGACAGCAGCAACAAUGAAGACAGCAACUUGAGACUGUUUGUUAGCAAAGAUGGGACCACUGCCCUCAGUGGGACACUUGCCAACAGAGGAACACCUGGUAUUUUUGAGCCGGUGGUCAUCGAGACACACUGAGAGAUACAUCAACACAUCUCCAGCCCCAUCAACUUGUUAAUAAUUCUGUGACAUCUGAUUGUCUGUGAAUGUGUAUAUACAUACUUAUCUUUAGUGCAAACAGCUUGAUAUGAGACUACUAUCAUAUAGAUAUUGAGCCUUUAUAGUAUAUUUAAUCAGGUGGUUGAAGGUGUGUAUAACACAAGUACCGUAUUUUCUCAAAUAGUAGACAGGGCCUUGUUUUACGUUAUAUGAAGAAAGAACAGGGCCUUUAUUUCUAAUCUUAAAUAGUUGCAGCCCCUGUUACUUGCUGUUAAUGCAGAUUCAACAUGUCCUUUAUCUGUUAAACACUUCCAGCAUUCCAGGGGGAAUAGUUCAUCUUCUUUCCAAGGAAGCUUUUAUUGUGGAACAUCUGCAGGAGUUGUUGAAUUUUAUCACAGCAGCUCAUAAUGGCUAAUUGCAGCAAGGUAGAAUCAAUGUGAAUUAGUUCACCAAUUAGUGAGGACUACAGAACCUGGCAAGUAUUGGGAUUAAACUUUUUUAUACUCAGGACAGGAGUUAGUAAUUCAUGUUCUAAAAGUAGCUAAUUUAUGCGCACAAAUAGAAAUUCAUGAUCUUGAAUUAAUGUCAAGUGACUUACUUCACAAUUAAUUUGAAAUUAUAUUUUGUUGUUACUCAGGAGCACCCAGAGUGUUAACAUCAGGCUAGCUGCUGUGUUUUGGUACUGGGGUGCCCACAAAUACUGAAUUCAUUCUUUUAGUUUAAUGUUGUGUAGACAGUGCAUUCAUUUCAUUGAUCCUUAUCCCCUCACCACUCUCUCUAGGGCAGCUGUGGGUCAGUAGGUAGAGUGGGUUGUCCACUAACCGGAAGGUCGUGUUUCGAUUCCUUGCUCCUCCAGUCCAUAUGUUGAAGUGUCCUUGGGCAAGAUACUGAACCCCAAAUUGCUCCUGAAAACUGUGCCAUCAGUGUGUGUGAGUGUGUGUGUGAAUGGGAGAAUGUGGCAUGUAGUGUAAAGUGCUGUAAGUUUUCGAUCACGCUGUAUAAGUGCAGUCCAUUUACGAUGUUUUAUACAGUUGUGAUGCUAUAUUUCAACAAUACUGACCACUUUUGGCAACUGUAAUUUAGGUGCCUAAUGCAGUGCAAACUCUACACUAAUAAGUUGGGUAGAAUUUAAUUUUUUCUUGUUAAACCAUCUUUGACAUCCAUAAAACCUUUGUUGAACAAUAUUGUUUAAUUUAUUUUCUGUCAAUUCGUGUGCAUACAUUUUUUGUUUGACAGCGUUAAUUGCUGACUUUGUUCACAAGUUAAUUUUUCCUACCUGAGACUUAGACUUAGAAAUGAGUAUUUCUGUUAAAAGGAGAAACUCAGAGCAAUAGACAUGAGGAAGUUGUUAUUAGAGCCUGAUUGAUACUGGAUUUUUUGGGCUGAUGACAAUUUUAGGGGGUAAAAAUUCCAAUAUCGAUAUAUUGACCGAUAUUCUUUAUAUAUACAGUGUGUGUGUGUGUGUG